GUAAUAUAAAAGACUUUUCAAACAUAAAUGCAGAGCUACAGCAAAAAGAUAUAAAACAUCUUGAAGAUGGCUGUUAAUUUUUGUCAAGAACAUCAUUCUCCAGCGAUAUCGAGCAGCCAAGUAUGCCGCGACGGAUACGACGUCACUAAUUUAAUAGCCAUCAAUCAGGCUGUGAGAAAGAAUGGAUUUUGUGCUGAAUACUUUAUCAAACCUCCGGUUAAUAUUAUUAUUAAAUUUCCCAUACCUAUUGAAAUAAGUCACGUAUUACUUGGUGUAAAAUUAGGAGAAUAUCAGACAACCAGUUUGGAAAUUUGGUCUAAAUAUUGGCCGACAAAUUAUGACGAUAAAGAUGAGAAAUUCGAGCUAAUAGGAAAAAGUACAAAUAUCAUAGAAAGUAAUGUAUUGUUUGCAAAUAACAAGUAUGCACCGAGAAAACUUUUUUCUAAGUUACCAAAGAAUAUGUUACCAGGUGAUGUGGCUUCUCGACGAUUUACCGCAAAGCAGUAUACUAAUUUGUCCAGCAUCAGUUCUUUACAAAUAAGUUUAAUCAAAGUUUCACAUAGCGGUUUUCCCCUUCUCUCUAAAUCAGAAGUCUGGGGACAACCUGCCAGAUCUUGUCUGGAAUCUGUAGUGAUGUCUGUUCUGAAAGCAGAACAGAACUCCCUCCCUUCGUCGUCGUCGUCGUCGCUGUUUAAAAGUGAUAAAGACCGUUUUGACAAAUUAAAGAAUUUGGAUUUGGAUAUAGGCAAGAAUGAUCAUCACUUGGAUGAAGACGAAUUAGACAUUCCUGCAGAAUUUAUUGAUCCCAUUACUUGUAGUAUUAUGACGUUACCCAUUGUUUUACCGUCCGGGCACACCAUUGACCAGUCGACUUUGGAGAAAUAUGUAAAAAUGGAAGCGUCUUGGGGGAGAUUUCCAAAUGAUCCAUUUACGGGCAUACCUUUUAACAGUUAUCAGAAACCCGUUCCAAGUGCCAGUUUGAAAGUGCGUAUUGACCAAUUCUUGUUAAAAAAUAAUAAACUAUAUUCAGAAGUACCAAGAACUGUGGGAACCAAAGAACAAGAGAAUUCUAAGGGAAGAAUAUCAUCUCUUGUGAAUUUGGAUGGAAAAUUGGAAUCAACGCAAGGAACAAAGAGAUCGUCCCCAGAAUCAAAUAUGUGUGUAAAGAAACACAAACUCAACAUUAAUAAUGAUAGUUCUGGUGUAAUGAAUAUAUUUAAUUAUUAUAAUCCUAUUUCGGAACACCAGAAAUCAUCAUCCUCUCCUACGAACGAAGACGAUUUAAAGUUUUCUUCAAAUUUGGAUGAAGCGUUAAGAGCAACUCUGAGCGGUUGUAAAUCGUACACAAAACCACUUUCAGAAAAAGUGAAUGAUCUGUUAUGUUGUGUCUGUCAUUCAGAUGCCAUUCUUUACUCAUUAUUGUGUCUUCACUUACUAUGCAGGGAAUGCCUAGUACAAAAAUCAAAGAAAACUAGAGUUAUCUGUGAUAAAUGCCAUGCACUUUCUACUGUUGGUAACAUUGUACGGGUACACGCAUAACAAACUUAAGAGGAUAUUCUUUUUUCUUACAGUUUGUACCGAGAGUACUUAAUUAUAUUUGAUAUAAUUGUUUAAUAUACCAGAUUUUCUUUCAUCCUUACAGUAUUUAUUAUGCGAACACUCCCAUAAAAUGCAGAGUGAUGUCUCAGCAAUUACAUUCUCUAUUUUUUAAAUGGUAAAUUAGUUAUUGAA